AUGCUCCGGAAGCUGCAGAAGCAUGACCCCGACCUGGCACGGAGACACGUUGUACGGCUGCUGGACACCUUCGUGCACGAGGAGAGUUUCUAUUGCAUUGUCAUGGAGCCGCUGGCCAUGAGCCUUCGAAACCUUCUCCAGGAGGGCAGCUCUGGCGGGCUCUUCAUGGCCGACAUCCGCCUUGCAGCUUUUCAGCUCACCAGCUGCCUUGCUUUCUUCCAGAGCCUGAACAUGGCACACGGCGAUCUGAAGUGCACGAACGUGAUGCUUCGAAGGUCAGAGUUUAGUCUCCAGCCGCACCCCAGAUUGGGGGAUCCAGACGAGGUUGCCGCUCGGCCGCUUUGGCCUUUCGAGGAAGGUCAUCACCCUCAGCUCUAUCCCAUGUGGGUCGUGGCCAUGGAAGACCUCUUGCAGAUGCACGGUGUCCCUCCGAGCCACCAAGAGCUCAAGGACGCAGGCUUGCUUGUGGAGUGCACGCCUUCCUUUCACUCGGUCUUCGUGUCGCACCAGUGGCUGGGGAAGCACCAUCCCGAUGAGAAGGGAAGUCAAUUUUCCGUUCUCCAGAAAGCCUUUGAGAACAUCAUCAACGGGCACAUCGAAGUAGAGUUG